GACACUCUGUACUUGUUUGAAUGUCUGCCAGUUAUAGACAUCGCUCGGUUAAAAAAUGUUCAAACAUUUCGGUCCUAUUUUAAUCGCAUCGAUAUUUUUAUCGAUAUGGGUCACUGCUGCAGACAUAAAUGAUAGAUUUCGUGAAGAAGAAAUUAUUCCGGACAUUAUCGAUGACAUUGCCCUUGAACUACAGCCAAUCAACAUCGCAUAUCCGUCAUCUGGUGUGAGUGUAAAUUUAGGCAAUGAAUUGAGACCGUCACAAGUUAGAGUCCAGCCAGAAGUUACAUGGGAAGCUGACAUCGGUGCUUUUUAUACGCUACUUAUGUCUGAUCCUGAUGCACCGUCCAGAGAUAAUCCAAUACGACGAGAAGUUCGUCAUUGGCUUACAAUGAACAUAAAUGGAACGGAUAUCAAUUCUGGCGACACAAUAUUCAACUAUAUCGGUUCAGGGCCUCCGGUAACAACCGGUUUGCAUCGAUAUGUUUUCUUACUUUUUAAACAAGAGUCCAACAACCUCAACUACGAUUUGGUUAAUGGGUCAGUGAGCAUCAUUGAUACCAGUACCCGAAUUCUAAUUAAUGAAUUCAAUCUGACUCUGGUGGGUGGCAAUUUCUUUCUUGCACAAUUCGAAGGAGUCGCUGGAUUAGUGAACGAUAAGUUUAGAGACGAAGAAAUUGUGCCUGACAUACUUGACGCCCUUACGGUAGAAUUACAAAAAUUGAACGUUACAUAUCAUUCGUCUGGCGUUGGUGUCGAUUUAGGAAAUGUAUUGACACCAUCGCAGGUGACUGAUGAACCGGAAAUAACAUGGGAAGCUCAACCAGACAGCUUUUAUACAAUACUCAUGACAGACCCGGACGCACCGUCCCGCCAAGCUCCAACGCUGAGAGAGUACAGACACUGGUUGGUAAUGAACGUAAAUGGAACAGAUUUGAGUUCGGGCGACAUAAUAUUCCCGUAUAUGGGUUCGGGUCCACCAGAAGGAACUUCACUGCAUCGCUACGUGUUUUUGGUAUUGAGACAAGCGAAUGGUAGUCUUGACUACGAGAUGGACGAUGAAACAUUGAAUCGAGCGAACACAAACACUCGCAGUUUGAUAAGCCAAUUCAAUCUGACGUUAGUGGGUGGCGAUUUCUUUCAAGCUGAAUAUGAAGGAAGUGCAGGAACGGCAACGAUCAACAUUUUGAUGUUAUCCGUUUUUGUAUUUAUGAACAUUUGUGUGGUGUUCGGAAUUGUUUAGAGUGAGUGAGUGAAUAAAAUUCAUUUCGACUUUGC